GGCAGCACCAUUUCCCAACAAAAUCUCUCACCCUUCCGCAAUGUGCAUUCUGCCUGUUCAGCAGCAGCAGGAGCUCUGCAUUGUUUUCUGUGAUGGCCAAGAGCUAGCAAGGAAAAUUCAAGACCAUGAUGGCUCAGUUUCCCACAGCAAUGAAUGGAGGGCCAAAUAUGUGGGCUAUCACCUCUGAAGAACGGACUAAGCAUGACAAGCAGUUUGACAACCUCAAACCUUCAGGAGGUUACAUAACAGGUGAUCAAGCCCGUACUUUUUUCUUACAGUCAGGUCUGCCAGCUCCUGUUUUAGCUGAAAUAUGGGCUUUGUCAGAUCUGAACAAGGAUGGGAAGAUGGAUCAGCAGGAGUUCUCCAUAGCCAUGAAACUCAUCAAACUGAAGCUUCAAGGCCAACAGUUGCCCGUGGUUCUCCCUCCUAUUAUGAAACAACCUCCAAUGUUCUCUCCUUUAAUUUCUGCUCGUUUUGGGAUGGGAAGCAUGCCCAAUCUGUCCAUUCCUCAAUCAUUGCCUCCAGUUGCACCCAUGGCAACACCCUUGUCCUCUGCAACUCCAGGGACCAGCCUUCCUCCUCUAAUGAUGCCUGCUCCCCUAGUGCCUUCCGUUAGCACAUCGUCAUUACCAAAUGGAACCCCUAGCCUCAUUCAGCCUUUAUCCAUUCCUUAUUCAUCCUCAACAUUGCCUCAUACAUCAUCUUACAGUCUGAUGAUGGGAGGAUUUGCUGGUGCUACCAUACAGAAGGCCCAGUCUCUGAUUGACUUAGGAUCCAGCAGCUCAACCUCCUCAACCGCAUCACUCUCAGGGAACUCGCCCAAGACUGGGACCUCAGAGUGGGCAGUUCCUCAGCCUUCCAGAUUAAAAUACCGGCAGAAAUUUAAUAGUCUUGAUAAAAGCAUGAGUGGAUACCUCUCAGGUUUUCAAGCUAGAAAUGCCCUUCUUCAGUCAAAUCUUUCUCAAACUCAGCUAGCUACUAUUUGGACCUUGGCUGACAUUGAUGGUGAUGGACAGCUGAAAGCUGAAGAGUUCAUCCUUGCGAUGCACCUCACUGACAUGGCCAAAGCUGGGCAGCCGCUGCCGCUGACUUUACCUCCAGAGCUUGUCCCUCCUUCUUUCCGAGGAGGAAAGCAAAUUGAUUCCAUUAAUGGAACUCUGCCCUCAUAUCAGAAAGUGCAAGAAGAGGAACCUCAGAAGAAAUUACCAGUUACUUUUGAGGACAAGAGGAAAGCCAACUAUGAGCGUGGGAACAUGGAACUGGAGAAGCGACGCCAGGCCCUGCUGGAGCAGCAACAAAGGGAGGCAGAACGGAAAGCCCAGAAAGAAAAGGAAGAGUGGGAGCGGAAACAGAGAGAGUUACAGGAACAAGAAUGGAAGAAGCAACUCGAAUUAGAAAAGCGGCUGGAGAAACAGAGGGAACUGGAGAGACAACGGGAAGAAGAAAGGAGAAAAGAGAUAGAGAGACGAGAGGCAGCAAAACAGGAGCUUGAACGACAACGCCGUUUAGAAUGGGAGCGAAUUCGUCGACAGGAGCUUCUCAAUCAAAAGAAUCGAGAACAGGAAGAAAUCGUCAGGCUCAGCUCUAAAAAGAAGAGUCUUCAUCUUGAGUUGGAAGCGCUGAAUGGCAAACAUCAACAGAUCUCAGGUAGACUUCAAGAUGUCCGGCUCAGAAAACAAACUCAAAAGACUGAGCUGGAAGUUCUGGAUAAACAGUGUGACCUGGAAAUUAUGGAAAUCAAGCAGCUCCAACAAGAACUUCAGGAAUAUCAAAAUAAGCUUAUCUAUCUGGUACCUGAGAAGCAGUUAUUAAAUGAAAGAAUUAAAAAUAUGCAGCUCAGUAAUACACCUGAUUCAGGGAUCAGUUUACUUCACAAAAAAUCGUUAGAAAAGGAAGAAUUAUGCCAAAGACUUAAAGAACAAUUGGAUGCCCUUGAAAAAGAAACUGCUUCUAAACUGUCAGAGAUGGAUUCAUUUAACAAUCAACUAAAGGAACUGAGAGAAAGCUAUCAUACACAGCAGUUAGCCCUUGAACAGCUUCAUAAGAUCAAACAUGACAAGCUGAAGGAAAUCGAAAGAAAAAGAUCAGAGCUAAUACAGAAAAAGAAACUAGAAGAUGAGGCUUCAAGGAAAGCAAAGCAAGGAAAAGAAAACUUAUGGAGAGAAAGUCUUAGAAAGGAGGAAGAAGAAAAACAAAAGCGACUCCAGGAAGAAAAAAAACAAGAAAAAAUUCAAGAAGAGGAACGGAAAGCUGAGGGGAAACCAGGUGAGACAGCUAAUGCUUUGGUGAAUUAUAAAGCAUUAUACCCCUUUGAAGCAAGGAACCAUGAUGAGAUGAGUUUCAAUUCUGGGGAUAUAAUUCAGGUUGAUGAAAAAACCGUAGGAGAACCUGGUUGGCUUUAUGGUAGUUUUCAAGGAAAUUUCGGUUGGUUUCCAUGCAAUUACGUAGAAAAAAUUCCAUCAAGUGAAAAAGCCGUAUCUCCUAAGAAGGCCUUACUUCCUCCUACAGUAUCCUUAUCUGCUACCUCAACAUCUUCCGAACCACUUUCUUCAAAUCAACCAGCAUCAGUGACUGAUUAUCAAAAUGUAUCUUUUUCAAACCUAACUGUUAAUACAUCAUGGCAAAAAAAAUCGGCUUUUACUCGCACUGUGUCCCCUGGAUCUGUGUCACCUAUUCAUGGACAGGGACAGGUUGUAGAAAACCUAAAAGCACAGGCCCUUUGUUCCUGGACUGCAAAGAAAGACAACCACUUGAACUUCUCAAAACAUGAUAUUAUUACUGUCUUGGAGCAGCAAGAAAAUUGGUGGUUUGGGGAGGUACACGGAGGUAGAGGAUGGUUUCCAAAAUCUUAUGUCAAAAUCAUUCCUGGGAGUGAAGUGAAGCACGAAGACAGACCAGAAGCUCUGUAUGCAGCUGUAAACAAGAAGCCUGCCUCCACAGCCUAUCCAGUUGGAGAAGAAUAUAUAGCACUUUACCCAUAUUCAAGUGUAGAACCAGGAGAUUUGACUUUCACUGAAGGUGAAGAAAUACUGGUCACCCAGAAAGAUGGAGAGUGGUGGACAGGAAGUAUUGGAGAUAGAACUGGAAUUUUUCCAUCAAACUAUGUCAAACCAAAAGAUCAAGAGAGCUUUGGGAGUGGUAGCAAACCUGGAACAUCAAACAGAAAGCCCGAGAUUGCUCAAGUAACUUCAGCGUAUGUGGCUUCUGGUUCUGAACAACUUAGCCUUGCACCAGGGCAGUUAAUAUUAAUCCUGAAGAAAAAUACAAGUGGGUGGUGGCAAGGGGAGUUACAGGCCAGAGGGAAAAAGCGACAGAAGGGAUGGUUUCCUGCCAGCCAUGUUAAACUUCUGGGUCCAAGUAGUGAGAGAACCACACCUGCCUUUCAUGCUGUAUGUCAAGUGAUUGCCAUGUAUGACUAUGUCGCAAAUAAUGAGGAUGAGCUCAAUUUCUCCAAGGGACAACUUAUUAAUGUGAUGAACAAAGAUGAUCCUGACUGGUGGCAAGGAGAAAUAAAUGGGGUGACGGGUCUCUUUCCUUCCAACUACGUCAAGAUGACAACUGACUCAGAUCCAAGUCAACAGUGGUGUGCUGACCUCCAGACCCUGGACACGAUGCAGCCAACUGAGAGGAAGAGACAGGGCUACAUUCACGAGCUGAUCCAGACGGAGGAGCGGUACAUGGACGACCUGCAGCUCGUCGUGGAGGUUUUUCAGAAGCGGAUGGCGGAGUCCAGCUUUCUCAGCGAAGGAGAAAUGACCUUGAUCUUCGUCAACUGGAAGGAGCUCAUCAUGUCCAACACAAAGCUGCUGAAGGCCCUGCGUGUGCGUAAGAAGACGGGGGGUGAGAAGAUGCCAGUGCAGAUGAUCGGGGACAUCCUGGCGGCCGAGCUGUCACACAUGCAGGCCUACAUCCGGUUCUGCAGCUGUCAGCUUAACGGAGCAGCCUUGUUACAGCAGAAGACAGACGAAGAUGCGGACUUUAAAGAGUUUUUAAAGAAGCUGGCCUCCGACCCUCGGUGCAAAGGGAUGCCCCUCUCCAGCUUCCUGCUGAAGCCCAUGCAGAGGAUCACCCGGUACCCGCUGCUCAUCCGCAGUAUCCUGGAGAACACCCCGGAGAGCCACGUGGACCACUCCUCCCUGAAGCUGGCCCUCGAGCGAGCCGAGGAGCUGUGCUCGCAAGUCAACGAGGGCGUUCGGGAGAAGGAGAACUCGGACCGCCUGGAGUGGCUCCAGGCGCACGUCCAGUGUGAAGGUCUCGCAGAGCAACUUAUUUUCAACUCCCUUACCAACUGCCUGGGACCCCGGAAGCUUCUGCACAGUGGGAAGCUGUACAAGACCAAGAGCAAUAAGGAAUUACACGGAUUCCUCUUCAACGACUUCCUGCUUCUCACCUACAUGGUCAAGCAGUUUGCUGUGUCCUCCAGCUCGGAGAAGCUUUUCAGCUCCAAGUCCAACGCUCAGUUCAAAAUGUAUAAGACGCCCAUUUUCCUGAACGAAGUCUUGGUGAAACUGCCCACAGACCCUUCCAGCGAUGAGCCUGUCUUCCACAUUUCCCACAUUGAUCGGGUCUACACACUCCGAACAGACAACAUUAACGAGAGGACUGCUUGGGUGCAAAAGAUCAAGGCGGCGUCGGAGCAGUACAUCGACACGGAGAAGAAGAAGCGAGAGAAGGCCUACCAAGCCCGCUCUCAGAAGACGUCAGGCAUCGGGCGUCUCAUGGUGCACGUUAUUGAAGCUACAGAAUUAAAAGCUUGUAAACCGAAUGGGAAGAGCAACCCAUACUGUGAAGUCAGCAUGGGCUCCCAGAGCUACACCACUAGGACCCUCCAGGACACCCUGAAUCCCAAGUGGAAUUUCAACUGCCAGUUCUUCAUCAAGGACCUGUACCAAGACGUGCUGUGUCUCACCAUGUUCGAUCGAGACCAGUUUUCACCAGACGAUUUCCUGGGCCGUACUGAAAUUCCAGUGGCAAAAAUUCGAACAGAACAGGACAGCAAGGGCCCCACGACGCGCCGGCUGCUGCUGCAUGAGGUCCCCACAGGAGAAGUCUGGGUCCGCCUUGAUCUACAGCUUUUUGAGCAAAAAACUCUCCCCUAGUGGACUUGGAGGCCGGCCCAGGGGUGGCUCUGCCAACAAGGCUGGGCCCGCAGAGUCCCAGGCCGCUGUCUCCUGCGGCUGCAGGAGCACCACGCGGCUUCAUUCGUCACAAGCCAUGCACGCUGGGGCCUCUGUCUUACUGCGCACUAAACUGCUAGCGAUCUAUGCAAACGUGAUCCUUCCUGUAAAUAAACCACCCCCGGCACAGUGCCUUGUAUCAGUGUGAACACGUUCAGCGGUGUUUGGAUGCCAACGUUUCCGUGUUCAGGGCUAUAACGAGUAUCGUGUGGGAACGAGGCAUCGGAGCACCGGACGCUGGGUCAGUGUGUCCACUGUGGGCUGGGCUGGUGAAGCCGGAGCCAUUCCACGCCGCGCGACCUCAGCUGGGCGCAGCCACUCAGGAGGUAAAGGGUUGGGAUGAAAUGCCGCGGCCCCCAUGCUGGUAGCCCCUACUGAAAUCGCGUCUGCUCUUGCACUGACUAAAACCCGAAACUUGAUCAUUUUAUCAUUCUCUGCUAAGACAAUAUAGUCUGAAAUAGAAGGGAGAAGCUUGAUUUCCUUUACAUACUGUGAACUCUAAUAAUGUGGAAAAUAUUUUUCAACUUUAAUUUUCUGAAGUAUAAAUUAUUUAUGUAAAUUCCUGUUUUGCAUAUUUCAUAGGACAUGCAUCUUUAAGCUUUAUCAUUGCCAAUAUGUACAGAAAGAGA